UUUGACGGCGCUGGGUGAGUGGCUGAGGCAGUGGAGCCGGAGUUCCCGCAGAUCUCCCCACUAUCCGCAGCAGAGAGUAGAGGCCAGGCUCUCCUGGGCGUGAGAUCACGGACAGGAGAAGGAACCCCUCUGACACCCAAAGAUGGACCUGGAGACCAAAGUGAAGAAGAUGGGCUUAGGUCAUGAGCAAGGAUUUGGAGCCCCCUGUUUAAAAUGCAAAGAAAAAUGUGAAGGAUUUGAACUGCACUUCUGGAGAAAAAUAUGUCGUAACUGCAAAUGCGGCCAAGAAGAGCAUGAUGUCCUCUUGAGCAAUGAAGAGGAUCGAAAAGUGGGGAAACUUUUUGAAGACACCAAGUAUACCACCUUGAUUGCAAAGCUAAAAUCAGAUGGAAUUCCCAUGUAUAAACGUAAUGUAAUGAUAUUGACCAAUCCAGUUGCUGCCAAGAAGAAUGUCGCCAUCAACACAGUCACCUAUGAAUGGGCACCUCCUGUCCAGAAUCAGGCAUUGGCCAGGCAAUACAUGCAGAUGCUACCCAAGGAGAAGCAGCCCGUGGCAGGCUCAGAGGGAGCACAGUACCGGAAGAAGCAGCUGGCAAAGCAGCUACCUGCACAUGACCAGGACCCUUCCAAGUGCCAUGAGUUAUCUCCCAAAGAGGUGAAGGAGAUGGAGCAGUUUGUGAAGAAAUACAAGAGCGAGGCUCUGGGUGUAGGAGAUGUCAAACUUCCCUGUGAGAUGCACGCUCAGGGCCCCAAUAAAAUGUACCUCCCUGGUGGGGAUCGAAGCACCACAGCAGCAGUGGGGGCCAUGGAGGACAAAUCAACUGAACACAAAAGAACUAAGUAUUCUUGCUACUGCUGCAAACUGAGUAUGAAGGAAGGUGACCCAGCUGUCUAUGCUGAAAGAGCCGGCUACGAUAAACUAUGGCACCCAGCUUGUUUCGUCUGCAACACUUGCCAUGAACUCCUGGUCGACAUGAUUUAUUUCUGGAAGAACGGGAAGCUAUACUGUGGCAGACAUUACUGUGACAGUGAGAAACCUCGGUGUGCUGGCUGUGAUGAGCUGAUAUUCAGCAAUGAGUACACCCAGGCAGAAAACCAGAAUUGGCAUCUAAAACACUUCUGCUGUUUUGACUGUGACAGCAUUCUAGCUGGGGAAAUAUACGUGAUGGUCAAUGACAAGCCCGUGUGCAAGCCCUGCUACGUGAAGAAUCACGCUGUGGUAUGUCAAGGAUGCCAUAAUGCCAUCGAUCCCGAAGUACAGAGGGUAACCUAUAACAGCUUCAGCUGGCAUGCAUCCACAGAGUGUUUCCUGUGCUCCUGCUGCAGCAAGUGUCUCAUUGGACAGAAGUUUAUGCCAGUAGAGGGGAUGGUUUUCUGUUCAGUAGAGUGUAAGAAGAUGAUGUCUUAGGAGAGAGCACCAAGCAUAUUGAACCGUAGCUAUCCAAAGUGGUCUACAUUUCUAUUGUAAAUGCAAUUUGGAAAAAAUAAAUGGAAAAAUAGAAACUGUAA